AUCCAGCACCGCAUCUCACGGCUUACGCUAAGACUUAAAACACCGUUUCCCUUUUGUGUACCACAAGUCGGUACACUUGGCGUUUUGUUUUCGUUCGACACAAAUGAGAUAACAUCGGAGAGCAGCAGAUAGGGAUUUUGUUUUUUUUUACAGACCACCAAUUGCCUUGUGACUUGUAUUGCCUCUCGGAACGGGUGUACAUCAUGGAGACUGCGUCAAAAACAUCUGCUGUUGCUGUAGAAUCUGCGCGACAGGAGUUGCAUCUAGUUGCUGAUAGAGCUGCAGGUGACUGCCAGUCAUUGCCGUCCUAUAAAGAAUACCCUGCACCCCGGCCAUGCAGCAACCCACCAAGUGCCCCCUACGCCCCCUAUCGACCUCCAUCUCCCAGCAAAGGCUAUCCUGAGAACAGCAGUGCAGGUUCUCUGACGUGUUCUGAGGGCAUUUCUGAAUACAGAGGGUAUACAUUGGUGCACUGGACUGUGUUUCAGAGCGGGCUCCAUGGUUACUGCAACAUGAUGCCACUAUGCUUACUUAUGUUGGCCGCAUUGACAUCUGCUGUUACUCCUCCCCUCCCCUGCCUCGGCGCAGCCAUCCUGUCAGCGUUGAGACAUCUCCAGGAGAAGAUCAGGAGGUUGGAGUUGGCGAAUAAAGGCGGCGAGCUCGGCGGCCGCACACUAAGGAGAGAUACGCCGCGUCCACACACCGCUAAGAUGACCCAGAGGACCUCAACUAGCCAGACGGAUGUGGGGAGAGUGACGGAUAAUCAGUCCAACUGCAACCAAGCAUUAGUCUCCCAACUUGCGGCUGCAGAGUCUCGCUGUCUGAACCUGGAGCGUCAGCUAGAUCAGAUGAGGAAGAUGUUGCACAAUGCUCAGGGAGAGAAAAAAAACCUCCUCAAGCAACAGGUGACCUUUGGGGCGUCGAGGUCCACGCACGGACAAGCCAAUGCGGUGUCUGAGCGCAUGCAACUGCAGAAAAUGCUUCGACUGGAGCAAGAAUAUCUCACGCUGACACGCACUCAGGCCCAAGCUGAGGUGAAAAUUCACGAGCUGGAGCUGAAACUGCAGGAAGAAGAGCAACAGAGAAAGCUGGUGCAGGAUAAAGCAAACCAGCUGCAGUCGGGUUUGGAGAUCAACAGGAUCCUGCUGCAGUCGGCCUCGCCACCGCGAUGGACCAGCACGGACCCUAAAGAGAGGAAUGCAAUUUUAAAGAAUAAGUUCUCCCACUGGGAACCUCACUACAGACUUAACCUCAGUGAUGUACCUUUUGUGGCCGGAAAGUCCGUGGGCGGCAGCCACUCGGUCCGAGCCAACGUGCAGUCGGUUUUGUCCCUUCUGAAGCGCCACCAGCCUCAACUGUGCAACAGCCGUGUCCUCGGCAGCGACAAAAAUGCUUUCCGCCCGGGCGGGACAAACCGCCGCCAUUCGGACGCUGCCUCUUCCACCAGUGGGGAGCUGGCGGAGCUUCUGCAGGCACUACAAGAGGAGCUCAGGGUGAUGAGCUUAGAGCAAGACCAACUGAUGCGUGAGCUGGACCGCAGUGUUUCUCUGCAGGAAAGAAGGCAGCUGCAGCGCGAGCAGGAGACCUUGCUCCUCAAAAUGGAACGCAAAGGAGAGCAGAUUAGUAAACUCUACAAGCACAAAAUUCAGAUGAAGAAAUUAAAAAAAGAGGCGUGCCAGAAGAAUCCACCCAGAGUGAGUGCAGUCAAACCAGGAGAGAAAAGCAAGCACAAUCUCGGGCUUCUCAAGGACAUGAAAGCACUACAGACGUCUUUAAGAUAGAUGGUUUGAAAAAUACUUCAUCUUACCCUGAGACCCCACCAGGAAGUACUCGCAUCCUGCCUGGACUCAAAUACCUUUUUUAAAGUGCUUCUUAACUACAUUCUUUGUCACUUUGGCUCAGUGUUUGCUAUCAGCAAUGGACAGAAGAUUUUAAAAAGCCUACACACCCAUAUUCAAAUGCUCACUGUGGAGACUUUUUUACAUAUCCAUUGGAGCGCUUACCUCAACUUGUAUCCGAUAACCUGCACUUAAAUACAGGAUGUCCAAAAACCUAGAACAAAUUACGGUGCUUAAAAGUUUCUCAUUGUAAAAUCAUUCCUUGUGUUACUCCAUGAUUUGUUUUUAUCUUUUUUUUUCAAUAAACUUCGGAAAUGAUUUUAAAUGAGUGUACUUAACUAUGUGACUAUGUGAUGGGGAGCUUGGUGGGUGUGGCCUCCUGAGGCCUGGACAUGACUGGUUUGCUGGUGUAGAUGUCAUCCACUGGUAGAAGGAAUGUGACUGUUUUCACUUUGUCUCUGUGGGGAACAAAGAAGUAAAUAUCUGACAAGCAAAUCCUCAAUCAUUUUCACUUCGCUGGAACAAUUGCACUGAAUAAAGUACAGUACUAGCCA